AUGCAUUUCGUGACCGUCUCCGCACUCUGCGCCAUCGCCCUCAUCGGAGCUUCCUUCGCCGAGGAGCCGAAAGAACCCGUAGCCCCUGCUGAAGCCGCUCCAGCCGCUCCAGCUGCUCCAGCUGCUCCAGCUGCUGGCACGGUAACUUCAUAACUAUAGUAUGGCAAUAGAAUUGCUUUUACUGACUGACAAGUGACUUAUAAUUCUAGCAAAAGGAAGAAAGUAGAUAAUGAUGUUUCAAUAAGGAUCUGCUAUUUUCCGGAAACCUUGGUUGCUAUAAUUUCUGAAUUUACAGACCUUGGGCGCAGUCGUCGACAACAAGCCGAUGGGUGCCAAGGAUAAUGGAACUGCUUCGGCCGCAGAACCGACUACUGAGGCCCCAGCUGGUAAUCAUUGAUUUUCAUUUGACCCCUGAAUUAUUUUAAACGUUCUGGAGAAACGGAAGCCCCUAAGCCUUCUGGAGGAGAUUCUCCGUCUGGCGACCGCUCUGACGAUGUGACGACGACGGAGAGCGGAGUUGGACGAGUCGGCGUCGCCCUCUCUUUUGCCGCCGUCGCCUUCUUCAUGUGA